AUGUUUGACGUUCAAAUAACUCUAUAUAUAAUAAAUGCUUUGGCUAAUCGUGCUGCUGGCAAAGGUUAUGAAAAUGAGGCAUUUUAUGAAAAUAUUAAAUUUCAUUUUCUUGGUAUUGAAAAUAUUCACACACAAAGAGCUAGUUUGCAAAAGUUAAUUGAGGCAUGCGAACAGAAAAGCCCAACAAUGAGUGGAUUUCUGAAUGCUUUAGAAUCUUCUGGUUGGCUUAAGCAUAUACGUUCUAUUUUGGAUACAUCAAGUUUUAUUUCGAAUGUUGUUGACAAGGGUGUAUCAGUGGUAGUACACUGUUCGGACGGUUGGGAUCGUACCGCACAAGUAUGUUCAUUGGCUUCCUUAAUGUUGGAUCCCUAUUAUAGGACCAUUAAGGGUUUUCAGGCUCUUAUUGAAAAAGACUGGUUGGCUUUUGGUCAUAAAUUUAGUGAUCGUUGUGGUCAUGUACAGAAUGAUGCUCGUGAAGUCUCCCCUAUUUUUACACAAUUUCUCGAUUGUACUUGGCAAUUGAUGUCGCAACGUACGGAUGCUUUUGAAUUUAAUGAACGUUUUCUUUUAAUUCUACACGAUCAUGUGCACUCCUGUCAGUAUGGUACAUUUGUGGGUAAUUGUGAAAAGGAUCGUUUAGAUUUGAAAUUGGCCGAAAGGACAUUUUCUCUAUGGGGCUAUAUGGCCAAUCAUAUGAAUGAGUAUAUUAAUCCAUUGUAUAAACCCAAUAUUGAUGAAACAAUUAAAGCUAAUUUGGCACCGCAGUGUAUUAAAUUUUGGCGUGGCAUGUAUAGUCGCUUUGAAAGUGGUGUACAUCCUCGAGAACCUUUAGGUGAUUUGCUUUUAGCCAGCAAAGAUCAUACCACAUCUUUAGAGGAUCAUGUACAGCAUUUAACAAAGCGUAUUGCAAGUUUUAAAAAUUAUAUUUCAAAAUCUGCUAAAAAAUUACAAGAUGCUACUUCUACUAAGACAACAACCAAAGAACCUACCAAUACCACAGAUACUAAUGAUAAUAAAUACAAUUAUGAUAAAAAGAUGAGUGAAUUAUCAUCAGCCGAUGAUGAUCAUCCUUUAAAACCUGCCGGAGGAGUUGGAGAAACUGUUACUAGCAGCAGUGGAGGUGGUGGCAUGUCAUUUGCUAGUUUGUCGCUCUCCGAUGAAGUCGAUCCCAGCACCCUAAAUGAGGAAAUCAAUUCAGUGGCCGUUGAUUGGAAAUCAAUGCGCAAUGUAACCGCUUGUUCUUGCUCCACACCAUUCGAUCAGUUUAGUAAGAAAACACAUUGUUGGAAAUGUGGUGAUAUAUUCUGUGAACGUUGUAUCGAUAAGAGUAUUGCAUUGCCGGGACAGGAUAGUGGCAAACCGGUGCCAGUAUGUCGUACAUGUUUUCGUUUGGUACAAAAGAUUAGCCCAUAAAUUCAUAAUGAAACAAAAAUUAUUCGGUCAAACGGAAUUCCUUUAUCGCUUGUUUACUAAGCGCAAAUCUGCUGUGUUAAAUGUAUGGGAUGGAUGAGACUAAAAAUGAGUUUUGUUGGAUGACUUAUAGAUGGAUAAUGGCUAAUGCUUACAAAGAAAACUAUAUUACUAAAGAAAACAUAAUAGCGUGUCUCUACUCACUCUGUGUGUGUGUGUCGUCUGUGUGAAUGUCUUAAUCGAAAGAUUAUUGAAAAAAUACAAUUAUUCCAAAAUCAAAAAACAAAAACUUGUAUGUCUGUAGUAAGCAUGGAUGUGUUUUCUUCUUUUAUGUAUAAAAAAACGUUAAAGGC